AUGACACAAGAGUUUUUGAUAUUCUGCACAGAUUCUGGUUUAAUCCAGUAUUUUUUCAUGGAAGACUGGAAAUUUGUGAAUGAAUACAAACACAUGUGUGGAAUCAUUCGAGUCUAUCCUCACCCUCUGGGCCACCUGAUAUUCAUUGAUGACAAAUAUGAUGGUUUUAUUUAUAAUCCAGUUAAUGACCAAGUAGUGGCUGUGCCAGGAUUUGAUGCCAAUAUCUGUGGUAUUUUAUGGGAGACACACCCUAAUGAUCAGGGAGUGUUCAGUGCAUAUGAUGAAGAAUAUAUAUCUGUUUACAUUUAUAGCAAGCAGACACUGAAUGGAAGCAAAUGUGAAAAGGUUCAUCAGUGUAAAACACCCUUCGCACAAAGGCCAGUGCUCCUUAACAAUGGGGAGAUAACUCUACUGCAUCAAAGUGGACGUCUAGUGAACAUUACCUUGGCAACUCAUUCUGUCUUUAUCAAUGAUAAAUAUGAUGAACUUCCUCAUGAAAAGCUUCAAGAAAGUUUGUUACUGAGUAUGAAACUGAAAAGGUGGCCAGAUUGCUGGAAACUAUGCAAAGCCAUCAAUGAGAGGAAGACCUGGGAGAAUCUAGCAGAAUGUACUCUCCGCAAUUUGGAUAUUGAUGAAGCUGUUGAAAUUUAUCGCCAUAUCAAGUGUCCUGCAAUGGUCAUGGAUCUUCUGGAAAUCCAGAAUAUGGAGGAAUGGAAUUUGGUGAUUGGCUAUAUUGCAAUGUUCUUAAAAGAUUUCAAUCUAUCCCAGGAGUCUUUCUUGAAUUCUUCAAAACCAAAAGAGGCCCUUGAGAUGAGGAAAAACCUAUUACAGUGGGACAGUGCUCUUCAGUUGGCCAAAGUUCUACACCCAGAAAGCAUUCCAUCCAUAUCAAGGGAAUAUGCUGAAGAAUUGGAACUAACUGGAUCCUUUAUGGAAGCCCUGAAUCAUUAUGAACAAGGGAUUACCAAACUUGAAAGUGAAGAAGAACAUGACAAAAUUUGUGCUGGUGGAGUGGCUCGAAUGUCCAUUCGUAUGGGAGAUAUUAGAAGAGGAGUCAAAAUUGCUUGCAAAAUACCAAAUCGAGCAUUACAAAAGGAAUGUGCUGAAAUCCUGGAGACAAUGAAGCAAUGGCCAGAAGCUGCACUUCUUUAUGAGAAAGGGGCUUUCUAUGAUAAAGCAGCUUCAGUUUAUAUCAAAGGCAAAAACUGGGCAAAAGUUGGAGAGUUGCUUUCAAAUAUUACUUCUCCAAAGAUCCACAUUCAGUAUGCUAAAGCUAAAGAGGCAGAUGGCAAUUAUAAAGAUGCAGUUGAAGCUUAUAGAUUGGCUAAAGAUUGGGACAAUGUCAUCAGAAUUUACCUGGAUUUCCUCCAGAACCCAGAAGCUGCUGCACAAGUUGUAAAAGAAACUAAAUCUGUGGAUGGUGCCAAAAUGGUAGCCAGAUUUUUCCAGAAGUUGGAUGAAUAUAGCACAGCAAUUGAAUUUUUGGUGAUGUCAGGUUGUAAUGAUGAAGCAUUUCAACUGGCCCAAAUGCAUAAUGCCAUGGAAGUAUAUGCCAAAAUCAUUGGUGAUGAUGCCUCUCCAGAAAUCUACCAAAGUGUUGCCAGGUAUUUUGCGAAUGAACAGAAUUACUUAUGGGCUGGAAAAUUCUAUCUUCUUAGUGACCAAUAUUCUCAGGCCCUGAGAUAUUUGAUACAAUGUAAAGAGGAAGACCAUGGCGCCAUUGAUCUGGCUAUACAAGCUGUCAGGAAAGCUGAUGAUCUACAACUGACUAAACAAUUAACAGAUUAUCUCCUUGGAGAGACAGAUGGCCUACCAAAGGAUGCAAAAUAUUUAUUCCGAUUGUAUAUGGCCCUAAAUCAGUACAAAGAAGCAGCACGUAUUGCAAUCAUCAUUUCCAAAGAAGAACAGAACACGGGCAACUAUCGCCAUGCCCAUGAUGUUCUCUUUGGAAUGUAUCAGGAACUGAAGGCGCAUAAAAUCAAGAUCCCAACUGAGAUGUCAACAAAUCUAAUGAUUCUACAUAGUUACAUUUUAGUCAAGACUCAUGUGAAAAUCAAAGAAUACACUUUGGCUGCCCGCUUACUGAUCCGUGUGGCUAACAAUAUCAGCAAAUUUCCGUUACAUAUUGUUCCCAUAUUGACGUCAACCGUGAUCCAGUGUCAUCGAGCUGGUCUGCGCAACUCCUCUUUCAGUUAUGCAGCCAUGUUACUUCGAGACGAAUAUCAGGGAGACAUUGAUCCAAAGUACAGGAAAAAGAUUGAAGGAAUUGUUCGGAAGCGAGACAAGACAGAAGAAGAAGAAAGCUUGACCGCAUGUCCUUACUGUGAUUCUGUCAUCCCAGAUACUCAGUUGGUGUGCCCAGACUGUAAAACGAAUAUUCCUUACUGCAUUGCAACGGGUUGUCACAUCAGGAAAAAGGAUCUUACUGAAUGCCCAAAUUGUCACUUUCCUGCAAUCCAUUCAGAAUUUUUAAAAAUACUGGAAGCAGAAGAGAAAUGUCCAAUGUGUGCUGAGACAGUUUCAAUUGCCCGUCUGAAGAACAUCAGUGAUCCUAAUAUCUUUUUAUACACUGAAGAAUCCAGUGCCUAA